AUGAAUCAAAAUGCGGAUCUCAUGCAAGUGGUUCUGCAGGAUUGUGAUAAUCAAAUUAAAGAGAUUGAUGCGCUCAUUGGCACUUCAGUUGUGUCAAACUUCAACUCGAACGAAUCUCCUGGGUGGGUUAUAUCAACAUUUGCUCUAGUAAUUGAUGUGUAUGCACUAGAGACAGGGAGUGAAGCUGUUGUUUCGCCAACAUCAUCGAAUGCCGCUUGCUCUGUGCGACUAACUGGAUGA